AUGGCCACCUGGAUGGAAAUGGAGCAGUUUGCUGCUCAGAUCCGCGCCAAGGAUUUCCCGGGCUUUGACAACUUUACGGCGCCAUCUCCUGCUGACUUUGAUGAGGGCCAGAGCUACUGGAUUAAAGAAUAUCCGAUUGAGCAGGAAGAUGAAUAUCGACGGGCCGCGCUUCCAGAAGAGGUUGAUGUCGUCGUAAUCGGCUCCGGCAUCACCGGCGCCGCCGCCCUGUACCAGCUGGCCAAGAGGGCACCCAUCCUCAGGGUCGCGUUGCUCGAAGCCCGUGGCAUCUGCACUGGCGCAACAGGCCGCAACGGCGGACAUCUUUGCAGGCCCGAGGCCUACGACAUUCGGCGGCUUGCCGAGGUCCACGGCCGCGAGGAGGCGGUUCGGCUGCGCCAGCUGCCUCCGCGCAACAGAGACAUGCUGCUCAAGGCUAUCAAUGAGCUUGGACUUGAAGAAAAGGUCGAUCUCCGGGCUACGGGGACGGCGGCAGUGUUUGGGUCCGCCGAGGAGAGAGAAGAGUAUAAAAAGGACUUGGAGUUCGCCAGACAGGCUGGCAUGGAAUGCGAGGGUGACCUCUGGACACCUGAGCAGGUCCUCAAGAAACUGCGUCUGGCUCCGGACAAGGCCCAAUAUGGCGCAGCCCACAUGGCAAAGUCUGGGAGUAUCUUCCCACGUAAGCUUGUGGACAACCUCAUCCGUCAUGCCCAGUCACAGAUGCCAAACCUCUCCGUCCACUCUUACAACCCUGUCAAGUCGGUUCAAAAGGACACCGAAACUUCACCAGAGAGAAAUCCCAGGUACAACGUUAUCACUGAACGGGGCACGAUCCGGUCCCGAACUGUAAUCCACGCCACCAACGCCUACGCCAGCCAUCUCAUUCCCUCUUUAGUCGGCGAGAAAGGUGUCUUUGGCUGCAAAGCAGAUGUCCUCGCUGUCCAGCCCAACUGUGACCCGACGGCAUCGUCGACCUUGGAGGGCGGCCUCGGCCACGACUUGUUCUGGCACUGGGCGAUCCAGAGACCGCAGAAUGGCCCGUUCAUCUACGGCUGGUCGGGCGUCGAGAGGCUCCUCGACUACGACGACAGCGUCACCCUACCAGCCGACGACCCAUCUCGGGCCUACAUAUUUGAGUGGCUCCAGGAGUCAUUCCCCAACAACUUCAAGUCACUCCAGUGGGACAAGGAUGUCUUGUACGCCUGGUCCGGCGUCCAAGCGUACACAAUGGACGGAACCAGCCAGGUCGGACAUCCUACGAAAGACAGCCCGGGGGAGUUCAUGUCGGUCGGCCACAAUGGUGAGGGUAUGGGCAGGUGUUUUGCUUGUUCCACGGUUGUGGUGGACAAGCUGCUGCAUUACUUGCAAGGUGGAAGGGAGCCCUGGUCUCCCCCUGAGUGGUUCCCGAGGUCAUUCUUGAGAAAUGUCGAGUGA